AUGUCUAAUCACAAAUAUACUGAUUGGUUUCUAAGAAAUUCAAAAGACCCAUUAACAUUAAAUUACGAGAUAUGGUUGAUACGCGAGAUUCAGUCAGAAGCACCGCCAACAGAUUCUACAGAAGCGUUUAACAGAUGGUCUAGAGGUAUAAACGAAGCAAUAAAUAGUUUAAACACAGAAGCACAAAAAAACUUGAAACAGGCUAAAGACGUUGUACUUAAACUGGGUAUUAAAAAGCGUAAUCGUUUAUUUAAUUCUGUCUCAAAAAAAUAUCAAGCCAAAACGCAUAAAAAGUGGCAAGAAGAGUUUAAGAAAAAUAUUAAAAUAAUGCAGGAAAUGAUGAGCAAAACUAAAUGGACAAAUAGAGAUGAUAGAUACAAAACGGAGAAAGUUAGCGCAAUGGGUGCAGGGGGCUCUGGUGAACACCUU